AUGUCAUACGAUACCAAGCGGAAUGAAUCCAAGCAAGAGAACAAGACCAAACAUGUCAGCUUCAAACCUUUGAAGGAGUUUUACACUAACAAUUACUCCGAUAAUUAUAUACACACGGGCUCAUUCCCACAGGCGCAUGUAACCAACGUAGAAAACACAGUGGAAGGAUAUCCAAAGCUGCAAAAACUAUUUCAAGAGAAGGAGAAGCAAAUUGCAGAUUAUGCGACGAAGCCAUAUGGCUGUAAAGUUGCAAUAGAUGAAAUGGUCCCUACUUUAAAAAAUUGGAUCAAGAAGGACAAAAUCACGUUUGACGUGGUCAUGAUUGGGUGUCUGACUGAUAAUCAGUUCAUUUAUCCUUUAUUGACACAAUUACCUCUGGAUAAACUCAUUUCCAAACCUGGGUUUUUAUUUAUCUGGGCAAGUGUCCAAAAGAUCAAUGAGUUGUCAAGACUUUUGAAUAAUGAGAUCUGGGCUAAAAAGUUUCGGAGGAGCGAGGAAUUGGUUUUUGUUCCCGUAGAUAAGGACUCCCCGUUUUAUCCAGGGCUUGAUGGGGAUGAUAACUCUGUGCUGGAGAAGAUGCAAUGGCAUUGUUGGAUGUGCAUUACCGGAACAGUAAGACGGUCGACAGAUGGACACCUGAUUCAUUGUAAUGUUGACACAGAUCUCAGCAUCGAAACAAAGGGUGCCUGUAACGGUUCUGUCCCUCCUCAUCUCUAUAAAAUUGCAGAAAAUUUCUCUACCGCAACGAGGAGAUUGCAUAUCAUUCCUGCUCGCACAGGAUGGGAAACCCCAGUGCGGCUAAGACCCGGAUGGGUCAUCAUGAGUCCAGAUGUUCUAAUUAAUAAUUUUGCACCAAGCAGCUUCAAAAGCGAACUAGCGAGGGUUGGUUGCAAUAUCCCGCUUAAAUCAGAAAUAGAAUCAUUGAGGCCAAAGAGUCCGGUACAGAAAACUGAGAAAUUGGUCUAG